AUGCGUAAAAAUCGUACUACUCCCAACCUCGCCGGACUCGCAAUCGUUCCGGCUAAUCCACAUCGCCGAACAGCUCCAGCCCAAACCCUAGCCCAGCACAUGGACCACGACGCCGCCGCUGCUUCCCCGUCUGCAUCGCCCUCCUCCUCCGGUGCCUCCCCCUCGCCGCGCUCCAAGCGUCGCCGCACCGACCGCUAUGCGCUCGGCUUCGAGUUCGCUCCACGCUCUGCGCCCUCAGCUCCGGCCCCGCGCACGACGCCUGAGUGGACGGAGGAGUCCACCUUCGCGCUCCUCGACGCCUGGGGCGAACGCUUCGCCUGCGACGGCCGCCGCAGCCUCAGCGCCGACGAGUGGCUCGAGGUUUCCCGCAUCGUAGCCGCCGCCGCCUCCCGCCCCGCGGGAUACUUCUCCGAGUCGCAGUGCCGCAACCGCAUCGACACCCUCAGGAAGAUGUUUCGGAAGGAGAAGGAGAGGUCCCGCCUGGCUGCCCACCGCUCCAGCAACCCCGCGCCCUCCAAAUGGGUAUACUUCGACAAGAUGCUGUCCCUCAUGUGCCCACCGACGCCGACCCCGCCGCCACUACUGCCGCCACUAACUCCUCUCGUGACGCGGCGCCGUGACACGCAUCCAGUGCCACGCCGUUCAUGGGGGGUGGACGUUGGGGAGCUUGUGCUCGCUGGAUGUAGCAAAGUGGUACCAGGGAAUUCAGUGCCAGAUGUGCAAUUGAGGGAAAGACAGACAUACGAGCCUGUCGCAGUACAGGGGGAGGAAUAUGCGAUUCUCACAGAGGCAAUUCAUAGGCUUAGGGAGGUUUAUGAGAGGGUGGAGAGUAGCAGGAGGCAGCACAUGGCGGAGUUGAAACGUAUGCGGAAGGAUAUGCAAAGGGAUCUUGAGGUGAGGCGGAGAGAGAUUUUGGAGAAGGCACAAAUGGAGAUAGCGAGUCUUGAGGAGGAGGAUGCAAAGGAUGGUGCUGUUAACAAUAGAUUAGAGGAUUACAAUGGUGUUGAGGAGCAGAACAAUGGCGCUUUGGAUGCUUCUCCUUAG